GGGACAAUUUACCCCCUACUGUAAAUGAUAAGGAUAUUAGAAGUCGCUGAGGGGUUCUGUGACCAUAUAAGGACACAAGGGACAAUGGUUGCUAUGGUUACACUCAUUGUGAUGCUAAACACAAGAGAGAAGUUCUGGUUGCCAUGGUUAUACUCUUUGUGAUAUCAUACACAGAAGAGCCAAACACUGGUUGCUACGGUUACUCUCAUUGUGAUGUCAUACACAGGAGAAAAACACCUGUGGGGAAAAACAGCUGAAGGUCAUUACAUGGAUUGGUAGCGGUGGAGUAAGAAGCUAUCUUCAACUCUGUCGCUAUUUGGAUCUUUCCAUUCUUUUUCAUAACUGAAUUUACUUAUAACUUAUUUAUUUAUUGAUUAUCAUUUAUUUAUAACUUAUUUAUUUAAUAUUAUUUAUCAUUUAUUUAUAACUUAUUUAUUUUGAAUUUAUUUAUAACUGAAUUUGUUACCUGACGAAUAUUAUCAUGGAAAAACAAGAGGAAAAUUAUAAGAUUAUAUAUAUAGACGAAGAAAAAAUGGACAAAGAAGAAAAUAAUGCAUGUAAGAGGAGAAAGAGCAGGGUAUUGGUUACACUAAUCAUCGGGCUCCUUGUUACCUGCUAUUACAUAUUUGUGGUGGAGCUGUGCAUAUUUACUGUCCCAUCACAAGAGUUAAAGGCAACUUUCCUGGUGAUGUUCCACAUUUUGUUCCUCCUGUGCAUGUGGAGUUAUCUUCGGGUUGUUAUAACGCCUCCAGCCGUCCCUCCUGAAACAUUCCGCCUAUCGGAGUCUGACAAGCAGCUGUAUCUGAGUGAGGAGAGCCCAGAAGUGCAGGAGCAAAUCCUCAGCCGUGCGGCCAAAAACUUGCCUUUAUAUUACAAUAUAGAUUCAAAAACACCAAUUAAGUACUGUAGAAAAUGCCAAUUCAUAAAGCCAGACAGGUGCCAUCAUUGUACAGCGUGUGACAUCUGUAUACUGAAAGUGGAUCAUCAUUGCGUAUUUCUAAACAACUGCGUGGGAUUUUCCAACUACAAGUUCUUCCUCCUGUUCCUGCUCUAUGUUCCCCUACUGCUUAUAUUCACUAGUGCAGUGUCCCUUUAUUGCUCCAUACUGUUCUGGACUGGUCAAGUGACAAACAUGGAUUCCAAAGACUCAGUCAUUGCGCUGUUCUGCAUGAGUACAAUGUUCUGUAUAAUCUUUUGUUAUCGGUAUAUUUAUGAACAUUACUCACUGGUUUUAAUGAAUGACACUCUUUUAGAGUUUAAUGAAGGCAUACAUUGUAAGUAUAAUCCCUAUGACUUGGGCUACAGAAAGAACUGGAGACAAGUGUUUGGCAAUAAAAAGAGAUAUUGGUUCAUCCCAAUCUUCAGCAGUUUAGGAGAUGGCUCCUCAUUCCCACUGGGUGAUGCCAAAGAGGACAUAGAGAAAAAUGGGGCUAUUGACUGCCAAACUUCUAAAUGAGUCCCAAAAACAA